GUUUUUUUAAAGUGUCAAGGGCGGAAAACAUCCACCCCCUCCUGCUCCUCCUCCUCCUCCUCCUCCUCCUCCCCUGCUUCGCCAGCCUCUUUUUUCUUCUGGAGGAAAAGGGCCAGUCAGUGAUUUGCUGCAGUGGAGGAAAGGUGGCUGACACUGAAGCACAGCUGAAAAUCUGAGAGGAAUCAGAAGGCGCUGUCGAAAAGGUUUCCCUGGAGGUCUUUGUUCGGAUAUUUAAGAACCUGCAGCCAUGUCGCCGUUUCUUCGGAUUGGGUUCUCCAACUUUGAGAUGGACCCAGGUUUGGCGUACCAUGAAGAGUUGGUGAACCCAUACUGUGCUGUUUACAUGAAGGAGGCCAUCGACACAGAGAAAGGAAUGGUGUACAAGCAGAAGAAGCCCACCAUGUACCCUCCAUGGAGCACCACGUUCGAUGCCCACGUCCACCAGGGUCGCAUCAUGCACGUGAUGGUGAAGGACCGGACGGCUGAGAUGAAGUCGGAGGCCACGGUGGCUCUGGACACACUCGCAACGCGAUGCAAGAAAGAGAACGGCAAACUGGAGAUCUGGCUGGAGCUGAAGCCUCAAGGCCGCCUGCUGAUGGAGGCCAGAUAUUACCUGGAGAAAAGCGACGCUGCAGGUCAGACGGAGGGCGAUCAAGAGUCUGAACGGGAGAGAGAGGGUCUGUUCGCCCUCCAUCACCGGCGAGGAGCCAUCAAGCAGGCCAAAGUUCACGUCGUCAAGUGUCACGAGUUUAGCGCCACAUUCUUCCCUCAGCCGACGUUCUGCUCAGUGUGCAAAGAGUUCGUCUGGGGUCUCAACAAGCAGGGCUACCAGUGCAGACAGUGUAACGCAGCUAUUCACAAGAAAUGCAUCGACAAAGUCAUCGCCAAGUGCACGGGUUCAGCCAUUAACAGCAAAGAAACAAUGAUCCACAAGGAGCGCUUCAAGAUCGACAUGCCCCACAGGUUUAAAGUCUACAACUACAAGAGUCCCACUUUCUGUGAACACUGUGGCACUCUGCUGUGGGGGCUCGCCAAGCAGGGGCUCAAAUGUGAGGAGUGCGGCAUGAACGUCCAUCACAAAUGUCAGAAGAAAGUAGCAAACCUCUGCGGAGUGAACCAGAAACUGAUGGCUGAAGCACUCGCCAUCAUCGAGACCAAACAGCAGGCCAGAAGCACCAAAGAAACAGAGAUCAUCGGUCGAGAAGGUCCGGUCGGGGUGGGACAGGCGGGAGUGGUUCGAGCUCCAUCUGGGUUAGUGACGGGUGCACCGGGUACAGCUCCACCUGCAAACAAAGAGACACAGGGGAUCUCGUGGGACGCACCAACAGAUGUCGGCAGGUCGAUCACUGAGGAGGUGCCGGAUGAAGAGCCGCUGUACGCUGUUCCCAGGAAGGACCACCUCCCCAAAUUCACCGUUGAUGACUUCGUCCUGCACAAAAUGCUCGGGAAAGGCAGCUUCGGGAAGGUCUUUUUAGCAGAGCUGAAAAAAAGCGGGAAGUUCUACGCGGUGAAGGCUCUAAAAAAGGACGUGGUGCUGAUGGAUGAUGAUGUGGAGUGCACCAUGGUGGAGAGGAGGGUCCUGUCUUUAGCGUGGGAGAACCCGUUUCUCACACACCUUCACUGCACCUUCCAGACCAAGGAGAACUUGUUCUUUGUGAUGGAGUAUCUAAACGGAGGGGAUCUCAUGUUCCACAUCCAGAACGUUCACAAGUUUGACAUCCAAAGAGCAACGUUCUAUUCAGCAGAGAUCAUAUGUGGGCUCCAGUUCCUGCACUCUAAAGGAGUCAUCUACAGAGAUCUGAAGCUGGAUAAUGUCCUGCUGGACUCUGAGGGUCACAUCAAGAUAGCAGACUUCGGCAUGUGUAAGGAGAACAUGUACAACGAGUUGAGGACGUCUACCUUCUGUGGGACGCCGGACUACAUCGCUCCAGAGAUCCUGCUGGGUCAGAAGUAUAACAGCUCAGUGGACUGGUGGUCGUUUGGCGUGCUGCUGUACGAGAUGCUGAUUGGUCAGUCUCCAUUUCACGGUCGGGAUGAAGAGGAGCUGUUCCAGUCGAUACGAACGGACAACCCUGCUUAUCCUCGCUGGCUCACCAAAGACGCCAAAGACAUCCUGGUCAAGCUGUUUGUGAGAGAGCCUGAAGAGCGUCUGGGCGUGAAGGGAAACAUCAGAGAACACAGCUUCUUCAGCAGCACCGACUGGAGCGCGCUGGAACAACGGCAGGUGACGCCGCCCUUCAAGCCGACUUUGUCUUCCCCCAGCGACUGCAGCAACUUCGACAAAGAGUUCAUCAACGAGAAGCCUCGCCUGUCGUGUGCCGACCGGACGCUCAUCAACAGCGUGGACCAGACCAUGUUCAAAAACUUCUCCUUCGUCAACCCGGGGAUGAACCGCAUCGCAGCCCACUGAAGAACAAAACCGACAACCUACUACCUACAAACGAGUCACAACCAGCACUUCAUACCUGUAACUGAAACAAACUGCAGAAACUCUAGACCGUGAAUGUUACAAAACUAAAACGCAUCAACAAAAACCAAGAGGGUGUUCAGGCUGUAAGACACAGACUGGAUCUUUAUGGAGGUCUUUUUUAUCUCUACAAAAUCAAUUGGCUUAGACAGAUAUUCAAAAAGCAUAUUCGACUUAACUCCAUUGUAAAGCCUUCCAGAUAAAUUGUCAAAUAUGUAUAAAUCUUUACCCCAAAGGAAAUAACUCCAUAUCAUAACCCCAUUAGAAAUAUACACAUUACUUUUAGACAAAAAGUGUAUCAUGAAUCACCUCUAGAAUCGACUGAAUCAGCUUAUAAGGGUUUUUAUCUCUAGAAAAUAAUUAUAUAAUAGUUUAUAAAGAUCAAACAACAUGAGCUAACUUAUCUGGUAACACCAAUCUACAGCUUCAUUGUUCCUUUCUUAUUCCAGGGCCCCUCAUUGGUUGUAAAAAGAGAGAUCUUAACGGCCCUCCUUGUGUAAAUAAUGUUAUGUAUUAGUGUUGAUAUUAAAUGGAUGUACUGUAGAUCUGUUCACGUGAAGCAGAGGUAACCACAGGGUUUUUGUUUACGUGUGUUUUGUCAUCGUACCUCAGGAGUUUUAUUGAUGCUGUCAUUUGUAUCAGCUACUUAAAUCCCUUUACUGUAGACUUCACUGUUCUCAUUAUUGUAAACUCUGUACAAUAAAAUGUGUUUUUUGUA